AUGGCAUCUCCAAGCUCAUCCAGCCCUGUGGAUAGAACUGCUCUAGUUCUCAUCGACGUUUACAAUGAAUUUCUUCACCCUGAGGGAAAGAUCAACCCUUUUGUCAGCGAAUCCAUGGCCAAGACGAACACUUUGGACCAUUUACAAGAGGUCGUCAAAGCAGCUCGCAAGGCCGGCAUACCGAUCUACUAUUCUUUGCAUCAGCAAUGGAAGGAAGGUAACUACCAGGGAUGGCUCCACAUGAACCCAACAACAUCUGGAGUGAGCCAGCAUAGGCUGCUCCAGGAAGGGAGUUGGGGAGCCGAGAUCUAUCCCGGACUAGAGCCAGACGUCGGAAAUAAAGACGUUGUAGUCAGUAAACACUGGAAUAGUAGUGGAUUUGCGAAUACCGACCUCGACUACCAGCUACACCAACGUGAAAUUACCCAUUUAGUAAUGGCAGGAAUGAUUGCAAGUACAUGCCUUGAAUCCACCGCAAGGUAUGGAAGAGAACUUGGAUACCAUGUGACGAUACUGUCUGACGCCACGGCUGGUCAUUCGCCUGCCCACCACGAUGCAGGAAAGAACCUGAUCUGGCCGCUUAUAGUAGAUGAAGUGAAGACAGUUAGCCAGUGGGCUGAAAGUCUUGAAGAGGAUGCGAAGAAAGAUAAUCGAGUCAAGUCCGGCUUGUAA